AUGCCGGGGGAUAAGCCACAAAACCACGAUUCGGCACAAACUCACCUUACGCUGCCCCUUUUUUCAGGCGUGGUCCCCUCCAAGGCCAGCUUCUCCAUGCACAGCAUCCUGGUGAACCACUUCCUCCGCGGCGCGUGGUACCCCAAAGGGGGGGCCGGGGAAAUCGCUUUCCACACCAUUCCCGUUAUCCGGAAAGCCGGAGGCAACGUGUUGGGAAACGCGCCGGUGCAGAGGAUCCUGCUGGACUCCCAGGGCAAAGCCUGCGGUGUGAGCGUCAAGAAAGGCCAAGGUUUGGUGAACAUCUUCGCUCCCGUUAUCAUUUCGGACGCCGGGAUCUUCAACACCUACGAACGGCUCCUGCCGGCGGAGGCGCGGGCGUUGCCUGAGAUCCAGUCUCAGCUUCGCAUGGCGACACACGGCGAAGGGGGUUUCACCGUCUUCGUAGGUCUUAAUGGCUCAAGGGAGGAGCUGGGGCUGGAGCCCACCAACUACUUCAUAUAUGCAGGAGAUGACCUGGACGAAAUAAUGAAUCGCUACCUGGCUUCUUCCAGAGAAGAAGCUGCCAAGAACAUCCCUCUCCUGUUUGUCACCUGCCCGUCAGCCAAGGACCCCACCUGGGAAACGAGGCACCCAGGUAAAUCCACGCUGGCCAUCGUGACCUUCGCCAAAUACGAGUGGUUUGAGGAGUGGAAGGACAAGCAGGUCAGUAAGCGGGGAGAUGAUUACGAGGAGUUGAAGAAAACCUUUGUGGACACCAUCAUGCAGGCCGUCUUCAAGCUCUACCCUCGCAUCGAGGACAGGAUCGAGUACAUCUCCGGAGGGACGCCCCUCACCAACCAGCACUACAUCGCCAGCCCCAGGGGGGAGAUCUACGGCAUCGACCACAACAUUGCCCGCCUGCAAGCCGAAGCCAUUGCCACCGUGAGGGCGCAGACGGCCGUCCCCAACCUCUACCUGACAGGGCAGGAUUUGUGCCUGGGCGGCUUCGUGGGAGCCCUGCAAGGAGCCCUCAUCUGCGGCAGCGCCGUCCUCAAGCGCAACCUCUACGCCGACGUGGCACGGCUGAAAAAGCGCACGCAGGCCACCGACUCUAAGAAGAGGGACUAACGCCUGCCGUCCCACCGGCCAGGACCUCCCUUUCCCUCCGGCGCCUUAUUUUCCGCUCCAAAUCACCCGUAGCACAUCCUUCUCUAAUGCAAAGCCAAAGGGUUACAGCCCAGGAAGGCGCCGUACCCAUUUCCAGGCAGCUUGGAAACCUUCCCCACCCACCUUGCCCUGGACCUUACCCACCUAGAGCUCACCUCCUUCCACCACGACGCCCACCGCUAGCGAGUAAAAGCCAGCGCUUGAUCCCUGGCCGCCCUUUUGAGGGCAAAAACCCUUCUCCCGCUGGAGGGAAGAGGGGCUCCAAGAGCUGCCAUGUGCAGCAGCGGCCAGGAGAGAAGUCAAGGCAACCCCAAAAACCAGGCUGCACCAGAAGGCAAAAACCCAACAGCUUCUACCACCAACACCCACGGCCGCUUCAUCCCCACUAGUGUCCAACAGCCGACUGGACCAUCGGAAGAGCAUCAACCUUCACCUGCAUCCCCCAGAGCCGCUGGGUCAAGGGGAGCGAGCCCCCCGGGGAUGCUUUCCCCCCCCCUUUCAGACGGCGGCUUCGGUGCAGAGUUGGGCUCCUAAAGCUUCACUGGGCUCAUGAAGCUCCACGUGGGAGUCAGCAGCCCCGGGGGUUGUGGAGGCAGAGGAAGCAGCACCUCCCCGAGACGGGGCUGUGCACGGGCUUGCCCAGGCAGCGGUUUGCUAAACCCCCGCCAGCCGCUGGACGGGCACCGGCUGCAUUUAAGCAAGGGGAAAAUCACGCCAACCUAAGCCCCGUCGCUGUGUUUUAACCAAGACACCCGGGAGAGGCUCACAGACGCGGUCCUUUAGGAAGGAGCCGGCUCCUGGCUCACCGGGGCGGCGGAGUAAGCGGGUCCUUCUGGCACGCCAAGGCCAGGCGUGGAGGCUGGAGUGAUUUAAGCCAGGUUUAAAGCUAUUUAAGAGCAGCGGUGCUUGCUUCGCUGUAUGGCGCUUUCAAAGUCAGGCCUUGCUGCAGCGGCGUAGCAGGACCAGCGUGCUCGGCAGUGAUGCAGCCCCUCAGCCCCGUGACGCUGCGAUAUUUCAGUGCUGCUCUACCCUCCAUCGCCCGGAGACGUGCGAUGGUGCAAACACCCGCUCCUUUAGCAAUAAAAAAAGUCCAGCCCUUCUGUCUGCUGGGAAAAGCUUGGGAACUCAAAGCCCUCUCCAAAUGGGAAGGGAAGCACGUGAGACCAGAAAUAAAUAAUCAUCAUCAUCA